AACACUUUUGCACAGGUGCGGCCUUGUAUUUUUGUGCUGAGUAUACGGGGAAAAAGACUGGGUCUAACAAGCUACAUGCUAAGCUACAGAUUCAGUUUUCUCUCAGACUUUACAACAAAUGUCACUGUUGACACACUGCAAUGACAACGUCCAAAAAACACAGAUGUUUCUGUUCUGAGCCAAUGGGGGAUAAACUUGUGUAUGAGCUUCCUGGAAUUGGUCCUGUGCUGGGCGGACGAUUACAGAACAGAGGUAUAAUACGAGCGCGGGACGUCCUGGGGCGUUUCCUGGUCCUGAACAAGGAUGAGUGGAAGUUUAAGAACUGGCUUAGAGACUCAUGCGGGGCAAAUGCAAAGCAGCAGAGGGACUGUUACAACUAUCUGAGAGAAUGGACAAGUAAUCAUUUAUAA